UUUCUUUGUUGUUAUGAUUAAGCUCUGCUUAAGUCAAACUGUUAACUGAAGCUUGCAAUGCAGCCUGCAAGUGAAAUGGUAGCCCUACUAUCGAAUUGCAAGCGAGCCACCCAUCGCCCGUUCGCCGCGAAGCCUCAAGGCCCAGUCACCUGCCGAGUAGCGCUAGCUACACUCGCGGAAUGUUUUAUAUAGCCACAUGCUAUAGCGAUCUAUUUGUACCGAACUUUAUGUUUUUUUAGCAUCGCUUUAACCCGCGAAAUUGUGACGUGAAAAAAAAAUAGUGCUUGUGACGGGAAAAAAUUUUUUUUUGGGGUCUUGAUUUUUGUUGAAUCUAAUUUUUUUUGGAUGUGCAGAUAAUUUUAGAACUCAACAAAAUCUCGACCCCGGAGAAAUAUCGUAAUGCUUAUUUAACGACUGGAGAAUGUCGAUAUCCGCAAAGUGAAGUGACUGGAGAAUAUUAAUAUCGAUAAAGUGAAGUGACUGAUGACGUGACAGUGAAUGUGUGAACAGAACAUCGAUAAACAUGUGCAGCAAGGAUCAAAUCAGCCACAUCUUGGGGAAGAUCAAUGUGGGUCUCCCCGAUUGGUCGCGCGGCCUGGAGGCGGCGGAGGCGGCGCGCGCGCGCCUCGUGCGCUGGGCGUGCGGCGACGCGCCCGCGGAGCCCGAGCCGCCGCGCAAGAAGAUGCCGCACGCGCUGCGCCGGCGCUGGCCCAUGUGCCCCUGCUUACAAAAUGACGAGCCCCCCGAGAUCACAUACUGCGUGGUGGGCGAGGGUGGCGGAGGCCUGGCGCUGCAGGCCGUCACCCCCACGCACCCCAUGCCGCCACAGGACGAGCUGGACGCCAAGUUCGCCGAGCUGGUGGAAGAGCUGGACCUAACGGCGGUGAACAAGGCGGCGAUGAUGGAACUGCCGGCGGCGAAGAAAUGGCAGAUCUACUGCAGCAGACGACCGCCGCCGGGACAGCAGCUGCCGCUGGCCACCGCGCCGCAAGUUGAGGACUAUAUCAAAGCUCUCAAUGAGAUUGCUGAUGCAUUCGCAUCAUCAGAAGGCGAAGGCGUCACCCCUACAGAAGCAUGCGCACUAGUCGACGGGUUGAAGACAGCGUUGAGGACCCGAGCGCACAGCUUCGUCAUUCGCUUCAUCAAGCAGGGUGGACUCGCUGCCUUACUGGAAGCGCUGCAGAGAGCGCCGAGGGACGAUGCUAUCACGAGGCAUAACCUGAUAGCGGGGAUCAAAGCCUUGAUGAACAACUCUACGGGUCGAGCUCAUGUCCUGGCUCACCCAACCAGUAUAGAUCUGAUUGCUCAAUCAAUGGACACUGAAAAUGUUAAAACCAAAGUAGCUGCGUUGGAGAUCCUUGGUGCUGUGUGUCUCGUGCCAGGAGGGCAUAAAAAGGUGCUAGAAGCCAUGGUCCACUUUCAAAAGUACGCGGGCGAGCGUGCGCGGUUCCAGGGCAUAGUAAAUGAGCUGGACCGCAGCACGGGCGCCUACAGGGACGACCUGGGGCUGAAGACUGCUAUCAUGUCCUUUGUUAAUGCUGUUCUGAACUAUGGACCUGGGGAGGAGAGUCUGGAGUUCAGACUGCAUCUGCGAUAUGAGUUGCUGAUGCUGGGCAUACAGCCUGUAAUCGAGAAACUACGAAAGUACGAGAACGAAACUCUCGACCGGCACAUCGAGUUCUUCGAGAUGGUGCGGAACGAGGACGAACGGGAGCUCGCUAGAAGGUUCGACAAGCAACACGUGGACACCAAGAGCGCGGCCGCCAUGUUCGAGCUGCUGAGGCGGAAACUGAGCCACACGGCUGCCUAUCCACACUUACUGUCCAUGUUGGAACACUUGCUGCUAUUACCAUUGGAAUACAACCCACACGCGCAACACUGGUUGCUGCUGGACCGGGUGGUGCAGCAGGUCGUGCUGCAGCAGCCGCCGGCCGGCAGCCGCGCCAACAGCGACCGCGACAGCACUACCACCGACAACUGCUCCGACAACAUCAAAGUAUACGAUCCCGAUGUCGCUCCCUUAGAGAUUAACGUAGGGGAGAUAGUCCACCUACUGGCUAAGGAAGAGGAACUAGUCGCCGCCAGGACCAAAGCGGAGAACUUGGAGAGAGAAAACGUUGACUUAGCCACAGAAUUGGCCAAAAAGGAGAAGCAAGUGGAUCAAAGCACGCAAGAGAAGGAGGAGUUGGAGGGAGUCCUCUCCCGGCUAAAGGAGCGGCUGGAGAGGGAGACGGCCGCUCAUAUGGAGUGCACGGAGAGGGCCCGCGCUUCUGCGUGUAGAGCGCAUCAACUUGAGCAACAGUUGAAUCAAGAGCGGUCUGAACGAGCGAGGUUCGAAAAACUAGUUAGCGAAGGAAGCAUACCUGAUGAUGCAAAGGUCAGCAACCUAAAGAGCGCAGUAAUCGAAACAUGCAGCGUUCCCCCACCGCCCCCACCUCCCUCAUUGUUCCCACCACCUCCCACUGCACCUCUACCUCCACCCGCGCCCCUCGCCCCUCCAGCACCCCUAGCGCCCGCACCGCCGAGACCGAAGAAGAACGUUCCUACACCAGGGAAUCCCCUAAAGAGCUUCAACUGGAGCAAGCUACCCGAUACUAAGCUACACGGGACCAUUUGGCAGGAAUUGGACGAUACGAAGUUGUACAAUGCGAUGGAUUUGCACGCGAUAGACAAGAUGUUCUGCGCUUAUCAAAAGAACGGCGUACAGAAUGAAGGAUCCGUAGAAGACUUACGCCAACUGGGAUCCAAGCCACGCACGAAAAUUUUGUCAGUGAUCGACGGACGACGCGCACAGAAUUGCACUAUACUUCUUUCCAAACUCAAAAUGACUGAUGAGGAAAUUUGCCGAGCAAUUCUACGCAUGGACAGCGGCGAACAGCUGCCUCUGGACAUGGUAGAGCAGCUGCUGAAGUUUACUCCGAGUGCAGAAGAAGCGGCGCUGCUGGAGGAGCACCAGGACGAGCUGGACAGCAUGGCGCGGGCCGACCGCUUCCUUUAUGAAAUAUCCAAGAUUCCCCACUACUCACAGCGUGUUCGAACUCUGCUCUUCAAGAAGAAGUUCUCAGGAGCAGUUUCAGAAGCCAGCAGUCGAGCUUCUGUCGUGUUGAGAGCAGCGCGCGAUAUGACGCGUUCUCGGCGGUUGAGGGCUUUGCUAGAGAUUGUACUGGCGCUAGGAAAUUAUAUGAACCGCGGUGCCCGCGGCAACGCGUCAGGCUUCCGGCUGACGUCACUCAACAAGCUGGCGGACACCAAGUCCAGCGUGACGCGCAACACCACGCUGCUGCACUACCUCGUCGAGUUGCUGGAGACACAGUUCAAGGAUGUCCUCCUCCUCGAAGAAGAUCUCCCACACGUCCGCGCGGCCGCCAAAGUGUGCGUCGACCAGCUUGAAAAGGACGUGGGAGCCCUACGCACUGGCUUACGCGAGGUGUCACGCGAACUGGACUACCACGCGUCGCUGCCCGCCCCGGCGCAACCCAACGAUGCGUUUGUUCCUGUUAUGAGGGAGUUCCACGCGCAUGCUGUGUGCUCCUUCACACAGCUCGAGGAUCUGUUCCAGGAUAUGAAGAGUCGCCUCGAGGCUUGUGCGCACGCUUUCGGUGAGGAGCCAAGCGCGUCUCCAGAGCAGCUUUUUGGUGCUUUGGAUUCGUUCCUCACGCAGCUGACUGAAGCUCGCGCCGAGUGUGACGCGGCCAGGAGACGACGGGAUGAGGAGGAGAGAAGAACAAGACACGAACAAGAGCUGAAAAAGCGAACAAUGGAAAGGAAGCAAGGUUCCAGCCUACUUGGUUCCGUGGGCAAAUCCCUGGGCAAGUCCAACGGCUCUUCCGACUGCAACGGCCACAGUACGGGCGAGAACUCAAGGGACGGCACCUUGACCAACGGACAGAAAGGAGAAUUCGACGACCUCAUAUCAGCUUUAAGAACCGGCGACGUUUUCGGCGACGACGUGGCAAAGUUCAAAAGGUCAAGGAAAACCACCAAAGGUCAUAAAGGAAGGGAUUCCCCACCUCGAGGAGUAUGUAGGGAGGACUCCAGGGAGAGACAGAAGAAAUGAGGCGAUUCGGAAUUGAUUUUUGGAGUUUCGAAUUAAUUUGAAAAAUGUGAUUUGAUGAACUUUACGUUUGAAGUCAAGUGAUAUUUACCAGUGUUGGAUGUAGACGUCUUUGUAGAUAUUGUACUAAACGAGUCACAAAGUAAUAUGAUAAUUUGUCGAUGAUGUAGACGAAUUAGUUAAAUAGGAAUAAAUCAGCCAAAUAUAAAGUUUCUUUCAAUUAUUUUUUAAAAUUUCAUUUUAAAUAUCCUUAUUAUAAUUAUAAGUUCUUUUUGGGUGUACUUUAUUUUCAUACAUAUUUUGAAAUUUUCUCUGGUCUUCCCAAUUUUCGAUAUUAUUUUGGUUUGGUGAUAUUUAUGAGUGAAAAGUACCAUCCCAUCUUAUUAUUCUUCAAGUAAUUUGAUGCCUGUUAAGAAAUUUGAUAUUUGGCUGUUUAUAACGUAUUCAAUAGUCAAAUAGUAAAGAUAAGUCAACUAUUUAAUUCGACAACGAUUAACAAUCUGAUUUUUUAAACUUUUUGUAUGAAAUUAUUCGGUUGUGCCUAAUUUUCUAAUGACUGAUUGGUGAUUUUAUUCGUCAGAUAACUAUAAUGUGACUGCAAGGUGUAAGACUGUGUAUAAUUAUUCCAUUUAAGUUUCAAAUUGUUUGAAAUAAGUUUUAAAUGUUUUUAAAUUCACAUAUCGCACAUUUAUACAAGGUUGAACUGAAUUAAGGAGUAAAGCUAAGGCCAUAUCUGUGCGUCUUGAAUGUGGGAUGCGACGCCGAGCGUCCACGACGCGGAUCUUUACGUGUACCUACGCGACUGUAAUGCGAUUCACUAACCACGUUUUGUUAGUACACUGUUGCGUGUUCGUCUAGACGCAUGCGCUCCACUUUGCAAGCGCAGGCGAAUCGCGUUGCAGUCGCGUAGGAGUGCAUGGCGCAUGGCAUUAAAUAUUGUGGGAGGCGACCGCCGCGCGGCUGACGUUCCCACUUCGUGAUCGCUUUGACUGCGCAGGCUUGGACAACGCUUUAUUAUUUUAAACAGACGUUUUUGUCUGACUUGGAAAAGUUAGCUUUUAUUUAACUAUUUGGGAAAAAUAUGUCUAGAAAAUAUUAUGGGACAAACAAAACCCGAAGUUAUGACAAACGCUUACAGUCAGAGCUAAAAAUUCGAGUAGCAAAAUUGAGCCAAGAAAUAGGGUUGCCACAAGUUACAAACUAUUAAGGUCGGUUUAAUAAUCGGUAACAUUUCUUUUUUUAUGUAGCUGAAAGAUUCAGUUUAACUCCUAAGUUAAAUGCAGUAGAUUAUUAAUUUUGUAUCUGUGGCGAAGAAUGUUAUGUGUGCAUUAGCCCUUAGUUUUGUAUCUAACGACCGUUCGCUAUAACUUGUCCCUUGCUAUCAUGUUGGCAACAAUUGCGUUGUUACGUUUUUAUUGCGUGAGGUGCAAUGGUGCCAACAUGACAAGGGACAAGUUAUAGUGAACGGUCUGUACUUGAAUAUUCGUUGCAAACUUUUGGAAUUGUCUAUAACUCGCACCUGACCAUAGAUUAGGAAUUGAUUGUAUCUAUGCCUAAAUUUAAACAUAUUAUACGGCGUAAAUUUUGGAUAUCUGUAACUUAUAUUAUUGUAUUAGCUAAAUAAAUAGGUACACCAUAUUUGGGGAUUUUCGAUAAAUUUACAUUUUGUAAUUUUACAUACUUUCUUAGCACGUUCGAACUUCGAUCUGAUUUUUAAUUAGUUGUGCUUUUGUAUUUAGAAAGGUUGUUUAAGGUUAACGCACACUUGUGCGGAUUGGCACAGCAUCACUGGAAUAUCAACAUAUAUACAACGCAUCUACGCUUUGUACAGAAUGCAGCGUUAGUAUGAGGUGACGUGGUGCGUUUGUGCGCACUAAAUAACCCGGCACAAUGUAUUUCUAUUGCUAUAGUAUACGACUUCUGCGUUUGUACGUUGUAUGUAUUUAUUCAUAUCCUUUAAGAUCGAUAAAGUCAGAAAUGAUUAGCAAUAGACUAUGCUCAAGGAUAGAAAAAUUUCAUAUAUUUUUAAUGAACUGUGUAGUAGCUAUAAUUGUAGGACGCAGUGUGGUUUUUGAACGUGCGGUUGUGUAGUAACCGCACGGUGCGAUCCUCGUGUGUGUGUUAGCCUUAAAUAUUUUUAUACGAAGAAAUUAUUUAUAUGAAUCAACUCCGAGUUUUAUUAUAGAUACUACUAGUAUUGUUCUUAGUUUCCUGUAAAUAUUAAUUUUAAUGAAAUUAAUUUUAAC